AUGAUCAACGCCGUCCUGGUCUUCAACGGCCAAGGUCAGCCUCGUCUGACAAAAUUCUAUACCCAGCUGGAAACCAGCAUACAGCAGCGCCUUAUUAGCGAGAUAUUCACCCUCGUCUCCAAUCGGCCAGAUGGCGCGUGCAACUUCCUACCACUUCCGCCCAUCCUCGCCGCAUCUGGCACCUCCCACUCCGCCUCGGAACCGCACAACGAUGUGCCGUCGCUGGUAACCUACCGCAACUAUGCUACACUCUACUUCAUCAUCAUCUCGACCUCGACCGAGUCCCCGCUUGCCCUGCUGGACCUGAUCCAGGUCUACGUCGAGUCGCUAGACAAGCUGUUCGAGAAUGUCUGCGAGCUGGAUCUGAUCUUCAACUUCGAGACCCUACAUGCGGCACUCAGCGAGAUGAUUGUGGGGGGCGUCGUGAUCGAGACGAACUUGGACCGCAUUGUCGCGGGAGUCAAGUCACAAGGCACAGUUGCCAAGAGGCCCGUCAACGAGUCAAGAGGCUCUGGGCUCGGAGCAGGGCUUGGUGGGACGUUUGUUUGGCCUGGGCGGUGA